CGCGCGUGACGUGCGCGCUCAGGAAGCUGCGGCCGGGAGCGCUUUGUGAGCCGCGGCGCGCGUUCGGUGCGCGGAGCUCCUCGGCCGCCGUUUGGGGAGCGCAGCUGCGCCGCACCGGAGGAAGCCGGCCGGUGGGCCGCAGCGGCCCGGCGGGGAGCCUCGCGGGCGGCGCCGAAGCGCGCGGUCUGGCAGGCACAGAAAUGGAGCAAGAGCCCCAAAAUGGAGAGCCUGCCGAAAUUAAGACCAUCAAGGAAGCCUAUGAGAAGGCCUUUCUAUUUGUCAAUAAAGGACUGACUACGGACGAGCUAGGCCAGAAGGAGGAAGCCAAGAACUACUACAAGCAAGGAAUCGGGCACCUGCUCAGGGGAAUCAGCGUGUCGGCCGCAGACCCGGAGCGCGCGGGCCCCGGGUGGGAAGGCGCGAGGCAGAUGCAGCAGAAGAUGAAAGAAACGCUGCAGAACGUGCGCGCCAGGCUGGAGAUCCUAGAGAAGGGCCUUGCCACGUCCCUGCGGAAUGACCUCCAGGAGGUGCCCAAGCUGUACCCAGAGUUUCCCCCUAAGGACGCCGCGGCAGCGGGGAAUUCCCUGGAGCCCCGCGCCUUCGGCUCGGCCCCGGCGCGCGCCGCCUCCGUAAAUGGAAGCGCGCCGCCGCCCUCAGGCGCAGGGGUGCUCCCCGCGCCGCCCUCGCUGUGCUCACCGGCCCAGACCCACCCCGCAGAAGCGCCCCCCGCCUACACCCCGCAGGCCGCCGAGGGCCACUACACCGUGUCCUACGGGACGGAGUCCGGGGAGUUUUCCUCGGUCGGAGAGGACUUCUACAGAAAUCAUUCUCAGCCGCCGCCUCUGGAGACCCUGGGGCUCGAUGCCGAUGAACUGAUUCUGAUACCCAGCGGAGUGCAGAUCUUUUUCGUGAACCCGGCCGGGGAGGUCAGCGCGCCCUCCUAUCCCGGCUACCUGCGCAUCGUGCGCUUCCUGGAUAAUUCUCUGGACACGGUCCUAAACCGCCCGCCGGGGUUCCUUCAGGUCUGUGACUGGUUGUACCCGCUGGUUCCGGAUAGAUCUCCGGUUCUUAAAUGUACGGCGGGGGCCUACAUGUUUCCGGACACAAUGUUACAAGCGGCGGGAUGCUUUGUGGGGGUCGUCCUGUCUUCCGAAUUGCCCGAGGACGACCGAGAGCUCUUCGAGGACCUGUUACGGCAGAUGUCUGACCUUCGGCUCCAGGCGCACUGGGACCGGGCUGAGGGAGAAGACGAGUUCCAGAUCCCUGGCCGAGCCCGGAGCCCCGCCGAGCCGCCGCGGAAGGAAGCCGGUGGGUCCGACGGGAGGCAGGCAGGCGCCCCCCUGGACCGGGGCGGCAAGGACGCGCGGCAGAAGGGGAAGCGGGGUAAAAAGGCUAAAGGUGCCUCAAGUGAGGAACUCAAUCUGAGUCACAUGGUCCCCUACGAGCCCGUCACAGAAGAAAAAGCGAAGGAGUUGCCGGAGUGGAGCGAGAAGGUGGCCCAGAACAUUCUGACAGGUGCUUCCUGGGUGAGCUGGGGCCUGGUCAAAGGCGCGGAGUUCACCGGCAAGGCCAUCCAGAAGGGCGCCUCCAAGCUCCGAGAGCGGAUCCAGCCCGAAGAGAAGCCGGUGGAAGUGAGCCCGGCCGUGAGCAGGGGGCUGCACAUCGCGAAGCAGGCCACGGGCGGCGCGGCCAGAGUCAGCCAGUUCCUGGUGGACGGAGUCUGCAGCGUGGCCUCCUGCGUGGGAAGGGAGCUGGCCCCGCACGUCAAGAGGCACGGCGGCAAGCUCGUCCCCGAGUCGCUCAAGAAGGACAAGGACGGGAAGUCCCCGCUGGACGGCGCCAUGGUGGUGGCGGCCAGCAGCGUCCAAGGGUUCUCCACGGUCUGGCAGGGGCUGGAGUGCGCAGCCAAGUGCAUCGUGAGCAACGUCUCCGCGGAGACGGUGCAGACCGUCCGGCACAAGUACGGACACACGGCGGGGGAGGCGACGCACAACGCGGUGGAUUCCGCCAUCAACGUGGGCCUGACCGCCUACAACCUGGACAACAUCGGCAUCAAAGCGAUGGUGAAGAAGACGGCCAAGGAGACGGGACAGACCAUCCUGGAGGACUACAGGAUAGUCGAUCAGUCCGCGGGGGGAGGCCCAGCAGGGGGAGCGCGGGCCGGCCCGAAAGGCGGGCAGGCCGGGCAGGCCGAGGGCGGGGAGAGCAGUGCGGCCAAGAGCAGGGACCCGUGACGGCGGCCGUGCGCCCCGGGCCAGUGUCCCGAGGACGCGG